AUGGCUCAUCACUGUAAACAUGGUGCACAAGCACCACUCCCAUUUGAGGGGCUACAUGCAUCUUCCCUCAAUCAAGUUGUCUAUGUUAAACAUGCUUGUGAAAGGGAACUGGAAAGUCCACCGACGUAUGUUCAUAUCACUGAACAUAGGAAGGACAGUGUUCGAGAAGCGAUUACAAAAUGUCUUGAAGCACCUCUGUGUUCAUUUCUAAAACAUAUUAGAAAAAUCUUCGACAUUUCAGAAGCGGAUUCUAGAUUAGUAGAAGAAGCAACAUCACUAAUAAAAUUGUUAAAAAGAUGGGAUACGGACUUCAAUAUACCAGUUUCUCAAAACCAGCAGCCAAAUUAUAAACAUGGAGUUCCACGAGAAAUUUAUGAUCAUUUAAGCAGAAGACGGGGAGUGAAUGCUUUUGGACUUUGGAGAAAUGGAAAUCUGAAAGUUUUUGUUGAAGAUGCAAUGCUAGUAGACGCACUCGAAGCAGAACUAGAGAAUAUUGACGGAGUAUUUUUCCGCAAAACCAAACUUAAAAUUCUUGCAAACAAUAUCACAUUUAACAUAUGUUUAAAACAAGGCGAUGAAAUAUUUCGCAAAAAUGAUAAUACAACUCAUUCGUCGAACUUAGGUGAAAGCACAUCACAUGCAACUAUAGGUGCUUUUGUGAGAAAUAAGGAAACAUUCGAGGACAUAUAUAUUUUAACAUGUGGACAUGUUUUCCCGUGUCUUGAUAUGCCUGCUUAUGGCAAAUUGAAAGAACCUUCUGUAUCUUGUAAAAUCGGAUCUUGUAUAUUUACUAAUCCUUCGGGAAUACAUAAUUUUAUUGAUUUUUCUGUUGUUAAAGUAGAUAGUGAUAACUACAUCAAAGAAAACUGCGAGCUUGCUUUCAUGCGAUCCGAGAAACAAAAAUGUAAUGCAGCAGUGUAUACUGAAUCUUUAGAAAAUACAAUGGACUACGUCCAUAAAAAAGGCGCGACAACAGGUUGGACAGACGGUCGCAUUCAGUGCUACAGCUUUGUGGUAAAAAGGUUUGGUAACAGAGAUGAUGUGUUCCUUGUCCUAGGAAAAGGCGGGAAAUUUUGCGAGCCAGGGGAUAGUGGGUCCAUAGUUUUUGCACCUGAUAAUUCAGUUGAUCAAGAAAAUGUUCAUAUUCUUGGCAUGCUUAUGGGAACCGUGCGCAGCCUCAAUGCUGACGAUGAUAACGAUUCCGAGACCACGCCAGAAGCCACGCAAGAUAAGGACUCUCGGUUAGAAGAAAGACCAGAAGAAGUGAGCGAAGACAGUGAAGGGGCCUUUGCAUCUUUGGGCAGUUUUGAUCAAGGAGACGACGAUAAUUUGAGGAGACUAUCACGCGAUGAAUUGGCUGUCUGUUUCCGAAUGGACUCUGCACUAAACCUACUGAAAGAAAAGAAGAAUCUAGAAGUUGAGUUUGAAAAAGUUUCGAUGUCCUCAGAUGAAAGUGAUUUAUUUUGAAGGAAAUUGAACAUUGAUUAAGUAUGUUUGAUAUUCUG